AUGACAAAUCUUGAAAGACAGUUGCAGGAUAAAAAAUUUCUUCUCGUACUUGAUGAUGUGUGGAAUGAAGAACAUGGGAAGUGGGAGCGUUCAAGGGAUCGUCUGUUAAAAGUUGUUGGGAUUAAUCAUGGUAAUGCUGUUGUUGUGACGACUCGUCUUCCAUUAGUAGCAUCCAUAAUGGAGAAUCCUCCUGUGUUUAGGCAUGAACUGAAACAACUGUGUCAAAUGAUGAAUGAUGAUUUUGAGAUUGGAAAGGAGAAAUUGAUUCAGCUUUGGAUGGCUGAAGGGUUCCUUGGGCCAUCUCACGGAGAGAUGGAAGAUAUAGGUGCUAGAAAUCUUAAUGACUUGCUUGCACCCUCGUUUUUCCAAGAUUUCCAAACGGAUGAGCUUGGAAACUUGGUGACAAAAUCAGAGACAGUGAUUUGGGAGGCUGGUUCAUCUAUAGACGGUACAUUUCGUGCCCGACAUCUAAAUCUCCUUUCUUAUGACAGAGAUGAACCAGCAUUUCUAAAGGAUGGUGCUAGAAAAUCGCGUACAUUAUUCUCAAGAUUCUUCAGCAAGUCUUGGGAAUUUAGAGGUUUGCGAAGUCUGACCUUGAAUGUUGCUUAUAUGACAGAGCUGCCAGAUUCAAUUUGCAGGCUGAAACAUUUGAGGUAUCUGGAUGUUUCACAAACAAAUAUCAAAGCAUUCCCGAAAUCCAUCACGAAGCUCUAUCAUUUGCAAACCUUAAGAUUCCGUAGAUGUUGGUUACUCGAAAAGCUUCCCAACAAAAUGGAGUACUUGGUGACCUUGAGACAUAUUGACCUUAGUCAUACGCCAGCUGAUGUUGGAUGCUUAGCUGGUCUUAGAACACUGCCAUUCUUUGAAGUGGGUCAAGAUAAGGGCCACAAUAUUAAAGAGCUGGGAUGCUUGAAGGAACUAGGAGGGGAGUUGAGAAUAGUCAAUCAGGAGCAUGUCAGAGACAAAAAAGAAGCCAAGGGAGCAUGCCUGUUUGGAAAAGCAAAGAGUAACACAUUGUUAUUGAUAUGGAGUUCAGAAAGAAGAAGCAGCAGCUCCAGCAUCAAUUACAGGGAUGUGAUGGAAGGCCUCCAGCCUCACCCAGACAUACGAAGCUUAGAGAUUGAGAAUUAUCAGGCAACUGUUCGAGUUAGCUGGCCUCUAUCCCGUGCAAAUGUGAAGGAUUUGAAAGUCAAGGACUGCAGGGAGCCUAUCUUCUUUUAUGACGAUGACGAUUUACAUGGAGAAGAAUUGUGGCCUUCUCGUCUUCAGUCACUAGUCAUUAGCUUUUGUAAUUACUUCAACUCAGUUCCUAAUGGUUUAAAUAGAAGAUUGCAUUCUCUUAUUCAGUUAGAAAUCAGCUUCUGUCAGAAUUUAAGUCAUAUCCCGGAAGAUUUCUUUUGCGGUCUCAACCAACUGAAGGCAUUGAAAACUGGCAGUUUCUCAGAGGAGCUGGAGGCAUUUCCUGGAAUGAAUUCAAUCCACCACUUGGGUGGUUCCCUUGAAAAACUAAAGAUAUUUGGAUGGAAGAACCUAAAGAGUCUACCACGUCAACUUCAACACCUCACCUCCCUUGUGAAAUUAAAGAUCUUUUAUUUUGACGGAGAGGAAUUUGAAGAAGCAUUGCCAGACUGGUCGGCCAACCUUUCUUCUCUUCAAGAGCUUACAAUUUGCUAUUGUAAGAAUCUCAAGUAUCUGCCAAGCUCAACAGCCAUGCGAUGCUUCUCCAAAUUAACACGUCUGCAAAUUUGGGGGAGUCUGCUUCUUCAGCAAAAUUGCUUCAAGGGCAGUGGGUCUGAGUGGCACAAGAUUUAUCAUAUCCCAUAUAUCAAUAUAAUGAAGAUCCGGACAAAAAGAGAAAAGGCCUCCGUGCUGCGCAGCCAGCCUCUCGCUAUGACUUCUGACAGAAUAGUUCGGCAGGUGCGGGUAGAGCAACUAAUGGAAGAUGGUCUUUGGAUUGAGGUUAUGGAUCAUUUUCAUAAGCUGAGGGGUUUUUCUAAUCAGACAUACAGGCUUGCUUUUCGGCUUUCCAUGCGUAAGGAGUUCCAAAAUUUCUCUUCGGAAGAUGCAUAUGCUAACUAUGGCAUUCAACCCUUAGAUGCCUGGUACAGAUUUCAAAAUAUUUCAAUAUCUUUCUCACCAGAGUUUCUUACCUUCUGUUUCAUUUCUAAAAUUUGCAAGCUUGCUCGAUCUUCAAUAGACAUGGUAGAUGGAGAUUCAGUGCAGACUCUGUAA